GAGGACCAUUUGACUCUCUGUCCUGGUGUCAUUUUUUUAAGGCUUAAAGUUUUUUUAAAGGACAGAUGAAAAUGCCUGCUUCGGCAUGCUGUACUUGCUGUGAUUGUGCGUGAGGUGCUUAUACAAUGUGUUUUUAAAUAACUGGCCGUCAUACCACUUAUUGGCUAAAUGCUCAAGUAUAAUUUGUGCACUUCUUUUUAGGGAUUUUUUAAAAUAUAGAAUAGGAUUUCCUGAAUAUGUGCUUCUGUAUUUCAGAUUUUCCCAUGGAGGUCCAGCAGCUGCCAGUGCAUGAUGAAGAGGUUCUCCGUGAGCAGCAGGAGCAGUGCUCCAGUCAGAACCAGGUGGUUAGCAUCAAAGAGGAACCAGAAGAACUGUGGAGCAGUCAGGAGGGAGAGCAGCAUCAAGGGUCAGGUCUGGCUGGUAUCAGCAUGUUCACUUUUGUUCCCAUCCCUGUUAAGAGUGAAUAUGAAGAGAAACCUCAGUUCUCACAGCAUCAUCACAGACAGAGUGCACAAAUGGAAACAGGAGCUGAUAAAGAGAACAAUGAAGGAGCAGAGGCAACCAGGUAUUCUGAUCUAGAGAGAGACUUCAAAGCAGAGACAGAGGUCAAGACUGAAGAUUGUUCUGAAGCCGAGACUGAUGACAGUUCUGAUUGGAAUGAGACGCCAGAAAACCAGUCAGGUUUGAACUCAGUGGAAAACAUCAAGGCAUCAGAGUGCCGUGAAAACGACAUCAAGGAGAAAACGGAGACAAAGCCAGUAUUAAAACAAGAAGACUGUGGAGGAUCAGAACAAGCUAGAAUCUCAGAUUCAAAUAGCAGUGCACAACCUCUGACUGAACUGGAGCCUACGCCUUGUGUUGAUGAUUUGACAGAGACACAUGAACAGCAGGCAGCUUUAGAUUUCAUGGAAAAGAAAUUGCAUAGCUGCUCUGAGUGUGCCAAAAGAUUUACCAGCAAAAAAAGUCUAAAAGGACAUAUGAGAACUCACUCAGGAAAGAAACCCUUCAGCUGCUCAGAGUGUAAUAAAGUAUUUGGUCAAAAAGAUUUUUUGACUACACAUAAGAAAAUCCACACCAGAGAGAAACCCUUCAGCUGCUCAGGGUGUGACAGAAAAUUUCACUGUAAAGGUAAUCUGCUGGCACAUAUGAGAAUACACACAGGAGAGAAACCAUUUGUCUGCUCUAUAUGUGGUAAACAAUUUCGACAAAAAGGGACUAUGAAUUUACACAUGAGAAUUCACAAAGGGGAGAAACCCUUCAGCUGCUCAGAAUGUGAUAGAAAAUUUCACUGUAAAGGUAAUCUGCUGGCACAUAUGAGAAUACACACAGGAGAGAAACCAUUUUCCUGCUUUAUAUGUAGUAAACAAUUUCGACAUAAAGGGACCAUGAAUGUACACAUGAGAAUUCACAGUUUAAAUAAACAUAUGAGUAGUCACAAAAGAUGGGAACCCCUCAGCUGCCCUGAGUGUGAUAGAAAAUUUAGUUAUCCAGGAAAUUUGUCUAAACACAUGGUAAUUCAUGAAGGGGAGAAUCCCUUUAGCUGCUCUGAGUGUGGUAAGAAAUUUUCCCUCAAAGAUGAUCUGAAACAACAUAUGUUCACUCACACAGUAGAGAAUCCCACUAGCCGUCUUUUACCAAUUUUGGUAACACAGGUGUACUUUGUUCAAGUUUCAUCAAAAACAACCUGAGGAGACCAGAGGCUGAAAAGAGAGGAGUUGAACACUUGAUGAUUCAACACUUUUCUGAGUCUGAGUACAAAGAUGAUGAUUUUUGGAAAUGUUUCAUGUUGAAACACUCAGAAAUUAUGAAUUUCCCUUGGUGACAUGAGAUGUAAUAAUGUUGAGACACCACUCAUGGUGUGGUAAGAAAUGGAUGACACUAAAGGUAACUAUUACUAAGCGUCCUGGUAGUCUUCAUCCUUUUCAGCAUGGGUCCUGGCAAAUCCUAGGCUGGCUUUUUUGUCCGUGGGCUUUAGGGGAGGCUUACUAAUUCUUUGACUAAAUGCAGGAAACUU